CGCCCGGCCUGUGUGCUUCAUUCACCACUCGCUUCGCUCGCAACCUGAGAAGCAAGUUAAUUAUCUACCCGCGCCGCGCCGCGCGCCAUGGCCACGACCACGAACAACCGCCGCAUUGUGGCCCUCCUGCUGGCCACACUGCUCGCGCAGGCCGCGGCGUGCCCCUACUGCCCGACGCCGACGCCGCCACCGCCGCCGCCGCCGCCGAAGGUGAAGCCGCCGCCGUCGUCCACGCCGUGCCCUCCCCCGCCCUACUCGCCGUCGACGCCGACGGGAAAGUGCCCCGUGAACACGCUGAAGCUGCUGGCGUGCGUGGACGCGCUCAACGGCCUCGUGCACGCCGUCAUCGGGACCAAGGCAAGCGACACCUGCUGCCCGCUGCUCUCCGGCGUGGCCGACCUCGACGCCGCGCUCUGCCUCUGCACCACCAUCAAGGCCAAGGCGCUCAGCGUCAGCGUCGUGCUCCCCGUCGCCAUCUCGGUGCUCGUCAACGAGUGCGGCAAGCACGUGCCCUCCAGCUUCACGUGCCCGUAAUUAAGCCCAUACUGAUCAUCAUCUGCAUAUGUGUACCACUAUGAUGUAUCAUCAUUAUACCAUAAUCUCAUCGGCAUGCAUGCAUCAAUGCAUAUAUAUAUAUAUGUUGGCCGGGUUAUCAAGGCCGGUCUUAUAGACUUAUAUAUAUAGUAUACAUAUACAUAUGAUAAAUCAAUCAAGUUAUACAUGCAUAUAUGUUACACAAAUAUACAUAUCUAGCUCAUUAAGCAUAUGUAGCUUUUCUUACCUGGAGCAGUGGGUUACAACGUUGUGCAUUUGUAAUCAUGUAUCAUAAACCAGUGUGAGAGUUGUGGCCUCUUGCGGUAGGGCCGCUUGUAGUGUUUUAAGAAAACUUAUAUGAAUAAAGUGUGUGUAAUAUAUAUGAUGCUUUUGGUGGUGUAAUGUUGACAAAGCUUGUCAACUUUCCUAGUAUAUACUUCUGUCAAAAUUAAGUAAGUUCCAUGUUUCA